GUGAGCCAAAUCGAAUGGUCAACCGUUGACCUUAUCCAAAAGAAAUCCUUGCCUGCGAUGAAUUCCUACCCGCCGUUCCUCUCCUCCGUGUCUGGAGCUCGAAUGGGCCUUCUCGACCGGCUGUGGGACGACACCGUCGCCGGGCCUCCGCCGCUCGACGAGCUCCGCAAGUACAACUCCUUCUCCCCUUCCUCCGCCUCCGCCGCCGUUGUACAGGUCGUCUGUAGCAUCGCCAUCGUCCGCGCCCCCGACGCCUCCCUCGCGCCUCCGGGGCUUUGGGGAGAUUGGAAGAGGUUGCGGAGGAAACCGGUGCCGGCGGAGGAGGGAAUCCAGACGGCCCAGCCGAGAUUCCCCACCGUCUAUGACUGGGUGGUGAUAAGCUCUCUGGAUAGAUGACACUGAGAUGGAGGACAAAGUAUGACCACAAAUUUGCAGUCAGCUUGUGUGUUUCUUGGUCUGUGUAUAGCAUGCAAAUCUUUGUAGUAGUAUAAAUAAAGCACUGAGAGAGAGAGAGAGAGAGGGGUCAAAACACUUGUGUUGUAGUCAUUUUACCACAGCUUGUAAAUGGUUCUACAUUUUCUUCA